AUGUCUUCAGCGGCUCAGGUACCUGCUAAGAAGCAGCAAGAUCUUCAAGUCACCUACUCCAACUACAAGAACACUCUUCAGCAAAUAGCUCAGAGAAUUGGUGACAUUGAGCAAGAAGCCGAGGAGCACAAGCUUGUUUUGGAGACACUAGAGCCCCUUUCAGAAGACAGAAAGUGUUUCCGUCUCAUCAACGGUGUGCUUGUUGAGAGGACGGUCAAGGAUGUAGUACCAGCCCUCAAGACCAACCAAGAAGGGCUUCGCAAGGUGCUGGACGACUUGGUAAAGCAAUACAAGACGAAGCAGGAUGAUCUUGAGAAGUGGAAGAAGAAGAACAAUGUGCAGGUUGUACAGCAAUAA